AUUUUUAUAUAGUUGCAAUUUUUUCAGACAUUUAAAUAUUUAACAAUGGUAUUGAUAAGUUUACGGUUACUGCCCAGGGUAUUCGAAAGAUCCUGUUCCCCAGUGCUAAGAUAUACCCGGAUACAAGUUAGAUCCUUCACCGUUUCUUCUCAAUUCUACUGUUCCGUUGUCAAACCUAACGUGAAUGUUGGAACUAUUGGUCACGUUGAUCACGGUAAAACUACCCUAACAGCUGCAAUAACCAAGGUUCUCUCGGAGACUGGCGGAGCCAAAUACGUUUCCUACGGAGAAAUAGAUAAGGCGGAGGAGGAGAGAUUAAGAGGUAUAACAAUUAACAUCUGCCACGUAGGAUAUGAAACUCCGGAGCGGAAAUAUAGUCACACGGACUGUCCUGGACACGCAGAUUAUAUAAAGAAUAUGAUUAGCGGAGCUAGUCAAAUGGACGGAGCAAUCCUUCUCCUAGCGGCGGAUGAUGGAGCUAUGCCGCAAACUAGAGAACAUUUACUCCUGGCUAAACAGGUUGGAGUCAAGAAAAUUGUAAUAUUUAUUAAUAAAGCCGACAAGGUGGACGACGAGAUGAUUGAGUUGGUUCAGAUGGAAGCCUUAGAGGUGGCCACGCAGUUUGGUUUUAGCGAGGAGACACCUAUAGUAGUCGGAUCAGCUAAACUUGCUCUUCAAGGGGACCAAUCCCAGUUCGGAGUUCCGAGUAUUAAAAAAUUAAUUGAAAAAUUAGAUUCUUGGAUAGAGCUUCCAUCCCGGGAUGUUACUAGUCCGGUUCUGAUGCCAAUCGAUAACAUUAUCUCCGUGACAGGACGCGGAACUAUUGCUGUUGGGACGAUCAAGCAAGGAUCUCUUGUAAAAGAUAGUCCUGUGAGUGUGGUCGGAUUCGGACAUACAUUCUCCACAUCCGUUGGAGGAAUACAGAGAUUUAAGGAGGAUACUAAACAAGCCUUUGCUGGGGAUCAUAUCGGAGUAAAUCUAAGAAAACUUAAAGCCGGACAAUUAAAGAAAGGAAUGCUCAUAGUAAAACCAGGAUCAGUGAAACCAACAAAUUUUUUCGAGGGAACUUGUUAUUUCCUGACUAAAUCCGAGGGAGGACGGAAUAAACCCCUUCUCUCUGGGUAUAUACAGAUGCUCUUUGUAGACACCUGGAGUAUAGCUUUCAGACUUGAUAUUCCUGCUUCUGAGGGGACAAUGAUACUCCCCGGGGACCAGGCAUCUGUUAAACUCUCUAUGCUGAAGAACAUGCCUCUAUUCGUCGGCCAACGGUUUACCCUGCGUGAAAACCAAAUGACGAUUGCAAGCGGGAUUGUUACUAAACUUAACGAUCCAAUUCCAACCCAUUCGGGAUCAAAACUUUCUAAAUUUAAAAUUCCCUCAGAUUAAUACUAUUUCAGA